GCCAGAAGAUUGAACCUGCGCAGAACUCUGCACGUGACCUGCGCAGCUAUUCUUAGCAGAGGUCCGUUCAACGAGAAGAACUCACUCUUCUCGCUCACUCGUCGUCCGGCGCGCGUCCGAAACAUUGGAGUUGGUUCCUCCUGUUUCUUUUGUUAACCCGUUUUCAUACACCAACUAUCCGAUACAAUAUGUCUGGUCUUGCGGACCCAGUGGCAUUCGCCAAGGAUUUCUUGGCUGGUGGUGUAGCCGCCGCAAUCUCGAAAACGACGGUUGCUCCUAUUGAACGUGUGAAGCUGUUGCUGCAGGUACAGCAUAUCUCUAAGCAAAUUUCUGAAGAACAACGUUAUAAGGGUAUGAUCGAUUGUUUUGUGCGCAUUCCAAAAGAACAAGGAUUCCUCAGUUAUUGGCGUGGUAACUUGGCUAAUGUUAUUAGAUACUUCCCAACACAAGCUUUGAACUUUGCUUUUAAAGACAAAUAUAAGCAAGUUUUCCUUGGUGGUGUUGACAAAAACACACAGUUCCUGCGUUACUUUGUUGGAAAUUUGGCCUCUGGUGGUGCUGCUGGUGCUACAUCUCUGUGCUUUGUUUAUCCCCUUGACUUUGCCAGAACUAGAUUGGCUGCUGAUGUAGGCAAAGCUGGUGGUGAACGUGAAUUCACAGGUCUUGGUAACUGUCUGACCAAGAUCUUUAAGGCUGAUGGUAUUACUGGCCUUUACCGUGGUUUCGGAGUAUCCGUCCAGGGUAUCAUCAUCUAUCGUGCUGCCUAUUUUGGUUUCUAUGACACUGCCCGCGGUAUGCUGCCAGAUCCCAAAAAGACACCAUUCCUUAUUUCAUGGGGUAUUGCCCAGGUUGUCACAACUGUUGCUGGUAUUGUAUCUUAUCCAUUUGACACAGUACGUAGGCGUAUGAUGAUGCAAUCUGGUCGCGCCAAAUCCGAAAUUUUGUACAAAAACACUCUUCACUGUUGGGCUACUAUUUACAAGACAGAAGGUGGCAAUGCUUUCUUCAAAGGAGCAUUCUCUAACAUUCUUCGUGGCACAGGUGGUGCACUCGUAUUGGUACUUUAUGAUGAAAUUAAGAAUCUUCUUUAAGAUAUUAUAACGAUCCUCACCUCAUUACCUUCACAACUACAAUUACAACUACCAUCUUUAUUAUCCUUACCAUCCAAUGUAACACCAGAUCAAGUGGUUUCCAGACUGAAACAGUACACAAGCUGUCGAGAAAAUUGAAGUACACUUUAGAUUAUAAUUUUUUUUUGGUAGUUUCUUAUGAAAUGCAUGGAGCUCGGCAGAGAAUGUAUUUUGACUUUAGAAGGAAAGAAUUCGCUUAAUUUAUUGCCGGAUUCAGUAUUUUCUUGAAAGGGUUCACAUGUGCCAUAUUUCAUAUUUCAUUUUCGCAAAAAAGAAAGAAAGAUAUAUUUAUAUAAAUAUAUCUAUGGAAUUAAUAACAUAAUGGCUAUAUGAAAUAUUUGAUACAUGUGACUACAUAAGAGAUGGUCAGGACAUAAAGUAGUAAAAUUAAUCCAAAAAAGUAAAAAAAAAUAAGCGUAUACAAUUGAGCAAGAGAAGGACGCGCGACGAAAUACCAUUACGGCGACGGCGGGGCGCGUAGACUUGGGCCGCCCCCCGCCCUUAUUCUCGGCCCAUUGUAGAUAAUUAAUAAAUGAUCAUAUUUACGAUAUCAAUGAAGUUCAUCGAGUUUCAGUGAACAGUAAUUUAAUUUCGCACUCCAGACAAAUACGUGUAAGAUAAUGAGAAGCGUUACUUGUAAGUGUAUGCAUCCAAUGUGUUCAUGUUAGGAUGCGUGCAAAGAAAAUAACAAAAUCAAUAAAAGUAAUAAUAAAA